GCCGCCGAGGCGGCGCUCCGCGGGGACGCGCGCGCGCGCAACGGGGCCACGCCGGCCCACGACGCGGCCGCCACCGGCAACCUCGCCUGUCUCCAGUGGCUGCUCACGCAGGGCGGCUGCGGCGUCCAGGACACAGACAACUCCGGUGCCACUAUCCUUCAUCUCGCGGCCCGCUUCGGGCAUCACGAGGUCAUCGACUGGCUGCUCCGCUUCGGCGGCAGCGACCCCAYGGCAGCCACGGACACGGGGGCGCUGCCCGUGCACUACGCUGCGGCCAAAGGAGACUUCCCCUCCCUGCAACUGCUCGUGGGCCACUGCCCGAGCUCACUCAGCGCCCAGACCAAGACCGGUGCCACCCCGCUAUACCUGGCCUGCCAGGAGGGCCACCUGGAGAUCAUCCAGUACCUGGUGAAGGAGUGCGGCGCCGACCCGCACGUGCGCGCCAACGACGGCAUGACGCCGCUGCACGCCGCGGCCCAGAUGGGCCACAACACCGUCAUCGUGUGGCUGAUGAGCUUCACCACCGUGAGCCUCUCGGAGCGCGAUGGGGACGGUGCCACGGCCAUGCACUUCGCGGCGAGCCGCGGCCACGCCAAGGUGCUCAGCUGGCUGCUGCUGCACGGUGGUGAGAUCAGCACGGACGCCUGGGGCGGCACGCCGCUGCACGACGCUGCCGAGAACGGCGAGCUGGAGUGCUGCCAGAUCCUGGUGGUGAACGGCGCCGACCUCAGCGUGCGYGACCAGGACGGCUACACCGCGGCUGAGCUUGCCGACUGCAACGGGCACAGCCAGUGUGCCGAGUACCUGCGCACCGUGGAGAACAUGAGCCUGGAGCACCRCGUGCUGUCGCGGGACCCCUCCGGCGACGGCGAGGGCAGGCAGCCCGACUCGGGCAUGUCGUCGCCCAACACGACGGCGUCAGCGCCGCAGCCCCGCUUCGAGCUGGGCUCCCCCGCCAGCACCCUCUCCAACUACGACUCGUGCAACUCCAGCCAGUCCAGCACUGGUGACAAGCGGGGCGGCCCGCCGGGGGCCACCGCGGCCCGCGCCCCCGCCGCGGCGCUUGCUGACAUGCAGACCUACAUGGACAUGCUGGACCCCGAGCUGCGGCCGCGCGGUGCCCGCGGCGCAGCCGCCGAGGGCCCGCCGCCGCCCCCCGGCUUCCCCCCGCCGCCACCGCCACCGCCGGGCACCCGGGUGCCGCCGCCACCGCCGCCUGGGUACCCGGCUCCCGCGCCGCCCGCYCAGCACACAGCCGACAUCUACGUGCAGGCCAAGAACAACCUGCGGCACGUGGAGAGCCAGGCGCUGCACCGCGAGCUGGCGUCGCGCGAGAGCAGCCCCGAGGGCCUGCGCCGGGCCGACUCCACRCGCAGGUCAAGGAACUUUGGCAAGCAGCCCAGCACCGGUGACUACUACAAGCAGCUGGGGCCCGGUGCCACCGCCGCCGCUGCCGCUGAGCUGCCGGGGCCCCGUGGGAUGGCGCACAGCGAGGAGGCACCGCUGCUCUCUGCAGACACCAUGCACAACGGCAGCGCGGCGGAGAGCAAGGCUGGCGCGGAGCUGCCGCCGCCGCCACCGCCGCCGCCACUGCCAGCUGCUGCUUGCCCACCGCCGCCGCCGCCCGAGGCCCCCGUCGGCCCCCGCCGCUCCUCCUCCUCCACGGGAAAAGGAAAAGCUUUGAGGCAAAUGAAGAGUACCAAGUCGUUCAACAUGAUGUCCCCCACCGGCGACAACUCGGAGCUGCUGGCUGAGAUCAAGGCUGGGAAGAGCCUCAAGCCGACACCGCAGAGCAAGGGCUUCACCACCGUCUUCUCWGGCAGCGGCCAGCCGGGGGCCAACGCCGAGUCGCCAGCGUCCUCCCCAUCGCCGGUGAGGACACCCACCCCGCCGGCCACCCCUGAGGCAGUGGCACCGCCGCGUGUAAGCGGCUCGCCGGAGCCCGUGGUGAAUGGGAGCUCGCCGGUGCCGGCGGUGGGGGCCGGGGCGCCGGCGGAGGUGGAGACGCUGGUGCCGAGCCAYGACGAGCAGGGCCGGCCCAUCCCYGAGUGGAAGCGGCAGGUGAUGGUGCGCAAGCUGCAGCUGAAGAUGCAGGAGGAGGAGGAGCAGAAGCGCAAGCUGGAGGCCGGGAGCAGCGGGGCUGCCGGGGGCGGGCGCUGCGGCCCCGCYGGUCGAGCGGCGCUGGGACCCUUUGGGCCGCUCAUGCCGGAGGAGGACAUGCUCCGCAUUGAGAGGCAGAUCGAGAACCUGCGGGUGAUGCGCCAGGUGCAGGCGGUGGAGCCGCAGCUGCGGCAGCUGGAGCAGGAGCUGCAACAGCUCCUGCCGCUGGCGGCUGCGGCUCCUCGGCGCCCCGGUGCCCGCUCCGCGCGCCCAGCGCCUCGCGGCGCCGAGCCACCUGCCUGGGGCAGCCGCACCUCUGCGCUGCUGCGCAGCAUGGCCCUGCUGCUGGCCGCGCUGGGGGGCAAGGAGGGCCCCACCGCGCCGCCGCCAACGCCACCGAGCCCCGGCGGCCCCCGGCACGCUGCCCGCUGCGACAUCCUGCAGAGCGGCGUCUCCGUGCGCGCCCUGCGGCUCUACUGGCCACAGCAGUUCCUGCCGCUGUCGGGCGGGCGCCCGCCGCCCUACGAGAGCCUCUCACUGGAGCGCUUCAUGCUGGGCUACUGCCAGCUGCUGGAGAUGGGGCUGAGCGCCGAGGAGCGCCGCUUCCGCCACCGCCUCUGCGGCGAGAUGUUCGCGCGCCUGCGCCGCCACCCCUGGCCGCGUGUGCGCCGCUUUCACCGCGCCGUGCUGGAGCGCGUGGAGGCCGGGCGGCGCUGCUGGCGCGACGGCUUCGACGACCUGGCGCGCACCUUCUUCGGUGAUGGCGAGGCGCCCGCCGAGCCCGGGAGCGCCCCGCUCGCCCCGCACGCCGCCGCGGUGCCGGGCGUCCCCAGCGAGGACGACGUCUGCCGCUACAUCGACCAGAGCUUCUCCUUCUGUAGGGAGAGGGGGGCCGAGCUGCUCGACGGCUGA